AUCACGUCCAAAUUAGAACAUUGUUUCAUUCGAUAGAUAUGUAUAAUGUUCUCGUGGUGGUCAGGUCCGCAAUAUAGAAGCUCGAAUGGAGAGGGGUCGAGAUCAGGACGCAAUGGAUCGGCAAAUCAACCAAAUUCAGGGCGGAAGGUGAAGAUGCAAGAGGUACAAGUUGAAAUCAUUGGCGGUUGCAGGUCAGGCCCAAUGAUUCCACAAAGUAGUCGAUUUGCAGAACGAUCAAAAGUUGAUCCAAUAAUAGGUCCGCCAAAGCUACCUAGAGAGUUGAUCACUCAGAUCUUACAAACAGCAUGCGAUAUAAUCAUUGAAGAGCAAAAGAGUAUUGGCAUGGAUCCUGGAAGCGGUCUCUUACGCCUGGCAAGGAUCGACAGAUUUUCACACUUUUUCAUCUUAUCACAAUUCAUCCUUCCAUCUUUGCGUCUACAUGGAGCGCAACAAGUUCAUGCUUUUGCUCGGGACCUAGCACGCAAUACUAUGAACAUUCGUAGAUUGGCUUCAAAAAUCAAAAGAUUGUUCAUCUUACGUCCAUUAUCAAAGGAGAAAAAGGACCACUCAGUAUUUGCAGACGUAGAAGAAACAACGAAAUUUGAAAAGGCAACCUUGGCACCGCUACGUUCAGUAUUGAAAUAUUGUACCGGACUUCAAUAUUUGGCUCUCGAAAUGACUGCUCGUGUAUUGGAUUUACGAUGGCCUGACGAUAUGGACAAAGCAGGACUGGUGGAAGUGAGCCAUUCUUUGAAGGAGCUAAAUACGAUGUUGAGCUUGUACGGCGGUGAUCUAAACGAACGCUUGUGGGACAUAUCAUAUGGUGCUCCCGCGAUGAACAGAUCUCGAUGGGCAAACCUUACCCACUUGCAGUUACAUGGACCACGAUUUCGAAUGACUUCACUCACCGCUUUGGCACUAUGUGACCUCCCGCAACUGACGCAUUUGGCCCUCAUUAUGCCAUGGAUCGUACAUGCAACAAUGAAUGUUGACGGAAUAAGUACAGAUCUCUUAUCCCGACAUUCUUCGGCGAUCGAAAGAACAACCGAUAUUGCAGGAAGGCAAAGUGUUUUGCAGCUCCUGGUCAGCGGGCUUGGGCAUAGAUUGGAGGAACUUGUGCUUGUAUGUCAUGAUCUAGAAGGAUAUGUCGGUAAUAUCACCAACCUAGGUCCCUGGUUCCGGGCUUUGCAGUGGUAUGAAUAUACCGACACGACAUGCCAUCCUGACGAGCAUUCCCGCUCAGAUCUUCCAGAUGUCUCCUCGAAUUUGCAACUAACCCUCAUUACCGCAUCGGUCGGUGAUGAAUCCGAUCAACAAGCACAUACACAUCCUAAUCUGAUCAGCAAAUGGAUGGUACAACGCGCUCAAAAACAGCGCCAUUGGACAUUCCAUGAUGGCGAAAAGGACACUUUUAGGCAAAAGGCAAUAUCUCUCGCAGUAGAAAGCUGGAAAAUUCCACAAGUCCAACAGCAAGGAGCAGCCACCACAAUGCCAGAUUCUCAGCACUUUAUUUCGGAUAUUGCAUCAGCUAGCAAUCCAAUUGAUAGUCCAGUGGUAUCCUAUCAUCCCAAUCAGCUCAUAAACAGCAUAGACGAUCUAGAUUGAUACAGUUUUGUUAUUUUUUCUUCGCAAUGUAUUUUAUUCAACACCUUUUGUAAUCUUUUCAAUACCUUCUGCCACAGAUUGCUUAAAAGGUUUGGAUAUUUCAUCCUUGUCGGCAAGGUAAGCGAGAAGCAUUUGACGAGGAACAGUGAAUUGCUUCUCAGCGUACGAUGGAGCUUUCACUCUGCCGAAAAUCUUUCCCUCUUCGAUCAAAGUGAGAUCCAAGAAACCUUGCUUGCCGGAAGAUGCAGGCGAGAUGACCAUAUCCAAUGUCCGUCCUUUGGCUAAUGUAGCUUUUGGAAAUGCAUCAAUAAGCUCUUGUAUCGAAUUGGAAAGUGCUUGAUCUGCUUCGGGACUU